AUGCUCAAAAAGUGGAGUUUUUGUCGCACAGCUUUCCAAAAAUUCAGUACAAACGUCAGCAAGCCUAAAACCAGCCAAAUGCCACCUUUAUCUCAGUACUCCAGAAAAAAUAACCAGCGGGAGCCUAAUGCCAUCUUUGUGAGAGGUGCCAAGGCGUCACGGGGAUCCGAAAACAUCAGUGCGUACUUCAGAGCAGCAGCUGGCGUAUCCAACGACAUUGGACUAUCCAAGGCUCGCAUGCUUGAAAACAAACACUUCAAAAGCCUCACUACUAUCCCUUACACCCCGUUCCCUGCCAGAAACGCCCAUAUCAGUAAAUAUCUGGAUUCGAUUGCGAAAUCGUAUCGGAAGCAAUGGAAUAGGUCAGAAAACGAGCUACAAAUUAAAACAGAUGCGCUGAUCGAAGAAGCUCGCGAAGAGGAUCCACUUUUCCCCAUCUUAGAGCCAGAACUCGACGAGCGGGUUCGAAAAGCGCUGCGUAAACUUACCAACAGUCACACACCCAAAAUCAACACAGUGCCUGGAAAACCGGAGUUCGAGUACCUUUCAAAUGCGAUAAGGUACCUAACCUCGCAGCGGACUAUCUGUCUGUGUGUUGAUGUUGAGGCAUUCGAACGGAACACCAAUGUAGUGACUGAAAUCGGCAUUUCCAUCUACGACCCGCGCGAAAGUCAGUUUUCCACUGUUCCAAUCCUGCGGACGUACCAUUUGAUUGUUGCAGAAUCCUUAAAGAUGCGGAACGGCAAAUUCGUUUGCGAUUUAAAGGAUUGCUUUCUCAAAGGGGAAAGUUAUGUGAUGUCGUUGAGCAAUUGCGUCAAUUUCAUACAAACUUUGAUAAACUACUACAUGGUCACGGAAACCGCAGCGGAACGCACCUGGGAACGUGCCUUUGUAGGUCACAAUGUCAAGGGCGACCUCAAAUGGCUUUCUAGCAUUGGAGUGCAAAUCCCCCGGAAUAUCGACUACAAUCUGAACCAGACCUCCGGUGACCAAAGUCUACGCGUGCUCGACACCGAGCGGCUAUUCAAGAUCUCGUACGGAAGCAAGGGAUCGAGUCUGGGCAAGAUUCUGCGUCUCUUCGAAGUACCGCAUGCGUUUUUGCAUAACGCGGGCAACGACGCUUACUAUACGUUGAAGCUGCUUCUGCAUAUGUGUGACAUACAAUACCGCAAGCUACUGGGGAUGGACGAUUUCUAUGGUGUAGCGGCUAAGAUUGAGAUGUGGGCAAAGCGGGACGCGAUCGAGGCUAGGAUUUUGCCGUUAUCGUACGUGAACGCGGCGAUCGAAUUCACAGACCCAAAUAUCAAGAAGAAGACAGUACACCAAACCGAAUUUGGCGGUUGUGUGUGGGUGGAUGACCCCAUUGCAUCUUUAACGGGUCAGAAAGUCAAGAUAUAG